AUGGCACUGGGAGAGAUUUUUCUUGCGGCAUUUCUACCGUUGCUGCUCGACAGGUUGACCGCUCGCGAGAUUCUCAACUACUUUGGAAACUUCCGGGGCGUCAGAAAGAAGCUGGAGAAGUGGAGGACCACGUUAUCUACAAUCGGAGUGGUGGUCAGUGAUGCCGAGGAAAGGCAACUGACUGAGGGUGCUGUCAAACUGUGGCCCGAUGAUCUCAGAGAUUUGGCUUAUGAUAUCAAAGACAUGUUGGACAAAUUUGCCACACAAAUGUUGAAGCGCAUGAUAGAGGGACGUGAACAAGCCAACACAAGCAACAAGAUAUGGAGAUCAUUUUAUAAAGUUAAAUUGAGGUUUGAUAUGAACUCCGAAAUGAAGAAGAUUAGAGAGUGGUUGCAAGACAUAUCUGUACGGAAAGAAAAGUUUGGCUUGAAAGAUACUGGGACGUCUGAUAAGGAAUCACGAAGUUUACAAAGUGCAGGCGUGUUAGAUGAAAAGCUUGUUGUUGGAAGAGAUGAUGACAAAAGGGAGAUUAUCGAAUUGUUGUCAAGAGAAUGCGAGCAUGCAGGUACUGUCAAUUUUGGUGUAGUAGCUAUAGUUGGGAUGCACGGAGUCGGGAAGACGACACUUGCUCAACUUGUAUUCAACCACAAAGAUGAUGCCAUGAAGGAGUUUGAGCCUAAGGUGUGGGUAUCUGUGUCUGAUGACUUCGAUCUUGUGCGAGUGACUAAAGCAAUUCUUGAAUCAAUCACAUCCCGACCUGUUGAAGUCGAGGAGUUUAGUAAAAUGCAGCAUGAUUUGAGUGAGCAGUUAAGAGGAAAAAAGUUUUUAAUCGUUUUAGAUGAUAUUUGGAACAAAGGUGACUAUGAUCUAUACGAUCUCUGGACAAGACUUCAAUCCCCUUUUGGCGUCGGAGCUGGAGGAAGUAAGAUACUUGUGACAACCCGUGAUGUGAAUGUUGCAAAGUUUAUGGGAGCCGCUGGAGUCCAUAAUUUGAAGUGCAUGAGAGAUGAUGAUUGUUUGGAAAUAUUUGAGCGACAUGCAUUCGGGGAACUUAACGAUGGAAAACCAGUAAAUUAUGAGUUAAUUCGAAGAAAAAUUGUCGAAAAAUGUCGUGGAUUACCAUUUGCUGCAAGGACUCUCGGUGGCCUUUUACGUUGCAAAGAAAAGGAUGAGUGGGAAGAAAUAUUAAACAACAAAUUGUGGAAUAUAGCAGAUAAGAGUGACAUUCUCCCCGUACUAAAGUUGAGCUAUCACUAUCUUCCAAAAAAUUUGAAGAGGUGUUUUGCCUAUUGCUCAAUACUUCCAAACGACUAUGAAUUUAGGGAGAAGCAACUCGUCCUUUUGUGGAUGGCAGAGGGUUUGAUUCAACAAAAACCUGAAGACAAUAAACAAAUGGAGGAUUUGGGCCGUGACUACUUUCAAGAGCUAUUAUCAAGGUCGUUGUUUCAAGAAUCAAGCAAAAACAAUUCACGAUUUGUAAUGCAUGACCUCGUUAAUGAUUUAGCAUAAUGGGCAGCAGGAGAAAUAUGUUCUAGGUUGGAAGAUAAGCAAGGUGAUAACUUGCAACGCACCUGCUUUCGAAGGGCUCGCCAUUCAUCUUUCAUUG